AUGUUCUCCCCGUCCUCUGCUUCCAGCGUGCACGUGCGGCGGACGGACAAGGUGGGCACGGAGGCGGCCUUCCACCCCAUCGAGGAGUACAUGGUCCACGUGGAAGAGCAGUUCCAGAACCUGGCCCGCCGCAGCCACGUGGACAAGAAACGCGUUUACCUGGCAACCGACGACCCAUCGCUGCUGCAGGAGGCCAAGACCAAGUAUCCGGACUACGAGUUCAUCAGCGAUAACUCCAUCUCGUGGUCGGCCGGACUCCACAACCGCUACACGGAGAACUCGCUCCGCGGCGUCAUCCUGGACAUCCACUUCCUGUCCCAGACCGACUUCCUGGUGUGCACCUUCUCCUCACAGGUUUGUCGAGUGGCUUACGAAAUCAUGCAGACACUACACCCGGACGCCUCUUCGUUCUUCUACUCCCUGGACGACAUCUACUACUUCGGGGGUCAGAACGCCCACAACCAGAUCGCCGUGUACCCUCACCAGGCCCGCAACAACGAGGACAUCCCCCUGGAGCCCGGCGACGUCAUCGGAGUCGCCGGGAACCACUGGGACGGCUACUCGAAAGGCAUCAACCGCAAACUCGGACGCACCGGCUUGUACCCCUCCUACAAGGUCAAGGAGAAGAUCGAGACAGUGAAAUAUCCCACUUACCCCGAAGCAGACAAACUUCUCAAUUCCCAAAACUAA